AUGGAGCAGAAACUUCCGAGAAGCACUCCGCGAGGGAGAGGCGCGGAGGAGGGGGGGCCCCGGGGAGGAGCGUUAGCUGGGAGAAGAGUGUGGGUGGAGUGGGGGAAGAGAGCGGGGGUGAGGGAGGAGAGGGAGGAGGAGGAGGAGGGAGAGGAGUGGGGGGGGUUUCAAGGACGUGCGCUACAAGGUGCAGACCGCCACGGCGGUCUCCUGGGACCCGCGCCACUCCUGCCUCCCCACCCUUUGUUUCCCCCCAACACAUCAUCCCCUUUUCCCCUUCCCCUCCCCACCCCUGCCGCUCUCCCCACUCCUCCCUCCCCCCAGUUCAAGGACGUGCGCUACAAGGUGCAGAUUGCCAAGGGGGGUUCCUGGGGCCCGCGCCACUCCUGCCUCCCCACGGUCCCCCCCCUCCACGCGCUCCUCGCUUCCAAGAAAGGGGGAACCGUGGGAGUGGAAGGCCCCGGGGGAGGCGCCGGGGAAGGAGCAGGGGGAGGCGCUGGGGGAGGCGUGGAAGCGGGGUCGGAGGGGAAAGCGGGACCGGAGGUGCGGGAGAAGGAGAUUUUGCACGGGAUAAGCGGGAGCGUUGCGCCGGGGGAGGUGCUGGCGAUGAUGGGGGCGUCUGGGGCAGGCAAGACGACGUUCCUGAACGUGCUGGGGGGGCGGUUCAAGCAGGGCAACAUGGCGGGGACGGUCACUUACAACGACAUGCCUUACAGCAAGGCGCUCAAGAGAAAGCUGGGCUUCGUGACUCAGGAGGACAUAUUCUUUCAACACCUGACGGUCCGCGAGACCCUCAUGUACGCCGCUGUGCUGCGCCUACCAAAAGAGCUGAGCUGGGAGGAGAAGGUGGAGCGCGCCGAUGAGAACAUCACAUUGCUGGGGCUGGACAAGUGUCGCAACACGGUGAUAGGUGGCCCAUUCCUUCGCGGUAUAUCCGAAGGGGAGCGCAAGCGAGUGAGCAUCGCGCAUGAAAUCCUCAUCAACCCCUCCAUGCUGCUGCUCGACGAACCCACCUCUGCCCUCGACUCCUCCACCGCUCUCCGCAUCAUUCAAGUCAUUCGGAACCUCGCCAAAUCGGGCCGAACCGUUAUUACCACCAUUCACCAGCCGUCGUCGCGGAUGUUUCAUGCGUUCGAUAAGCUGCUGCUCUUAUCGGAGGGCAAUGUGUUUUUUUUCGGGCAGGCUGCGGACGCGAUGGGGUAUUUUGAGCGGCUGGGUUUUGAGCCGCUGUUUCCGACGAACCCGCCGGAUUUUCUGCUGGAUUUGGCGACGGGGACGACGGCGGAUGUGCGGUUGCCGGGUGUGUUGGCGGAGAGCGAGGAGUGGCAAGAGAAGGGCGUGCCAGAGCAACAACACGACAUGAAAGAGGCGAUUCAUCAGCAGCCGCUGGUACAUUUCGUGGCACGAGCUCACAGGGAGCAGCAGCAGCCGCUAGUGCAUGCUGAGCUGGAACGGCUGCCCGCCAGCUCAGUUGCCGCCCAGAAGAGCGUGCUGCAGCGGCGGGGGUGGACAGCGCCGUGGCUGUUGCAGUUCUCGGUGCUGUGGACGCGCGAUCUUAAAGAGAGACGACAUGAAGUGCUUUCACCCUUCCGGUUCGUUCAGGUGAUAGCGUUGGGCUUCAUCUGCGGAACGCUGUGGUUUGGCUCGAAGCGGGACACAGCUGCGGAGAUUCAGGACCAGGUCAAGUUGCUCUUCUUCACCAACAUCUUCUGGAACUUCUUCCCUCUCUUCGGCGCGCUUUUCACCUUCCCACAGGAGCGCACCAUCCUGGCCAAGGAGAGGGCGAGCGACAUGUACCGUCUAUCAGCCUACUACGUCAGCCGCCAGCUCUCGGAUCUUCCCAUGGAGUGGCUCCUCCCCACGCUCUUCGUCCUCACCACCUACUUCAUGGCUUCUCUCAAGCUCACUGCUGCGAAUUUUUUUGCAUUCCUCUUCUCAAUCUACCUUAUUGUCACCACGGCUCAGGGCUGCGGGCUGUUCCUGGGAGCAGCAGUGAUGGACGUCAAAAUAGCCACCACGCUCGCCUCCGUGCUCCUCCUCACAUUCAUGAUGGCAGGAGGAUUCUACCUGCAAACUAUCCCCAUCUUCAUCUCCUGGAUCAAAUACGUCUGCUUCACAUACUAUGCCUACCGCCUUAUCAUCAAAACCCAGUUCUCCCCCUCUGACACCUACGAAUGCGGCCCCCCGAGCGACCCCACUUCGAUUAUCUGCCCGAUGUCGGCCGCGCCGUCUUUCCGGGAUUUCUCGCUGGGAGACGCGUGGGUGGAGGUGGUGGCGCUGUUGGUGCAAGUGGUGCUUUACCGCGGGCUGGGGUACGUUGCCCUGAGGAGGAUGAAGACAAACGUAUAG